AGGCCAGUGAGAAGGGCGUUCGCGAGCACGUGAUAGCCGGUUUCGGCCCCGGCCUUGCCGCCGCUGGUACCCCGCCGGAUCACAACGCCCCCGGUUCGCUGCCUCGGGCUCCACUCACCGCCCAGGCAGGGAGCCCCCUCGAACGCAGUCGUGCGCACGCGCCAUGCGCACGCACCGCCCUAUCGCGCCCGCGCACUCGACACGCGCCCGCCCACGAUGAAGCUGCUUCGGCGCGCGUGGCGGCGCCGAACGGCGCUUGUCCUCGGCGGCCUUGCGUUAGGCGGUGCCGCCCUGCUGUAUUUGGCGCGCUGCCGCCGUGGGCACGGGCGGCCUGGGCGCCGAGGAGCGCCGCGCCUUGGAGCGCGAGCAGGCGCGGCACGGCGAUCUGCUGCUGCUGCCCUCGCUGCGCGACGCCUAUGAGAACCUCACGGCCAAGGUGCUGGCCAUGUUGGCCUGGCUGGACGAGCACGUGGCCUUCGAGUUCGUGCUCAAAGCAGACGACGACACGUUCGCGCGGCUGGACGCCCUGGUAGACGAGUUGCGCGCGCGCCAGCCUGCGCGCCGCCGCCGCCUCUACUGGGGCUUCUUUUCCGGCCGCGGUCGCGUGAAGCCGGCGGGGCGCUGGCGCGAGGCUGCCUGGCAACUGUGCGACUACUACCUGCCCUAUGCACUAGGCGGCGGCUACGUGCUGUCGGCCGACCUGGUGCGCUACCUGCGCCGCAGCCGGGAGUACCUGCGCGAGUGGCACAGUGAGGACGUGUCCCUGGGCGCCUGGCUGGCACCCGUGGACGUGCAGCGCGAGCACGACCCGCGCUUCGACACUGAGUACAAGUCCCGCGGCUGCAACAACAAGUACCUGGUGACACACAAGCAGAGCCCGGAGGACAUGCUGGAGAAGCAGCGCUCGCUGCUGCGCGACGGCCGGCUGUGCGCGCGCGAGGUGCAGCUGCGCCUCUCCUAUGAGUACGACUGGUCUGCGCCUCCCUCGCAGUGCUGCCAGCGGAAGGAGGGCAUCCCCUGACCCAGCCGGAGGAAGCCUGACAGGGCCGGGUGGAUAGCAAGCCGCCUGGACAGCUUCGAGGCCCUGGCUGGGAGUCUGCUUCGGCCCAGGAACACUGUGGGUGUCAGACCAGCUGCCACGCGCUGACCCGUUGUAGUCAGCAGGAACCUGGCCUGUGGUACUUGCCUGCCACGGGGACCUAGUAUCCCCCCUACCUGCCUCAGCGACUGCACUCCAGGGCUCACUGCCCACCUGGACCGCUGAGGCCAGCUGGGGACAGAGCCACCUGCAGGUCCCUGCACUAAACCUGCCCAUGUGGCCACACAAGGGACUUUGGCCAAAACUGCCUUUGUACCUUUUGGUCAGAUUAAGAUUCUUCGUGUCUCUCUGGUCGGUGUCAUUAGUGAUGUUUAAGUCUGAGAAAUGAGUCGGUUUCACAUUGAUUAGCUUUGGUGGCAUUGUGGUUUGUCUGCUAGAGUGAGUUCAUGGUAAAUAUAACUCAGUGUUUGCGUCCUAUUUAUAAAUACUGAAAUUUGUGUAGGUAAGCUUUAAGGUGGGAGUGUCCAGGUAUUUUUUAAAUUAUUUAAGAAAAGAUUUUCCUAUCAGAACUUGGAAUUUGUGGGUUAAUCCGCCAACAGCUUAAUUGUCUGACCCUGCUGCUGUGUGUUUAAACAUGAAGAAUUUUCCCAUU